GGCUGGCUCAAGGCUUCGCUAAAAGGCGUUCGGGAUCUUCUCACAAUUCCAAACUUCAUCGCACCUCACAUCAGCAGAGGUGAAGCAGUAAUAAUAUAAUCAAACCUCACGAAAUCGUCAUUCAAGAAAUCGAACCGACAGAAGACAGUAUUACCAGCUCUGUUGUUGUUGUGGUUAAAGUUGCGUUCAGAAGAGACCAAGAAGAAAGAGAUUAGACGUAGCAGAUUGAUCCAUUCAUUCAUCGAUCGACAUGAAGGAUUCUUCUACCAAAGAAGAAGACCAUGCAUCUGUAGAGGUGGAGGAAGGAAUCGCCAAUGUCGUCCCCAACGAUGACGCCAAGUCAGAGACAUCGGAAGAGACUGUUCCCUCGGUAGAGUCGGGAAGCAACAGCAGUGUCAGCAAGGCAGCAGCAGAAUCCUCCACAGAAUCUCGUCGUCGCCGCCGUCGUCGUCGCUACGCGUACGCUGCAGCGAUUGGGCUGAUGGUCAUCGUAGCGGCGAUCAUUGUGGGAGUUGUGGUGGGUACCUGUAAUAAGGAGGCCGAUCACCAGACUGCAGCUUCUUCGUCUUCGUCGUCCAACAACAAUAAGAAUGAUAAGGAUGUUCCGGAACAAGAACAAGAACAAGAACAAGACAACACUGUGGAAGAGAUUGUAGUUGUGGACGUUGUGGAUCCUGAGAUUCUCGAUAUGGUGGACGAAAUUGCCGAUCCUGAUGUCAGCCUGGACUUGGGCAAUGGCGAGAACUUUCCAAAUCCCUUUGGCAAGAUCCAGCUUCCUCCUCUCAUGACCAAGGAAAUCUUGCAGCCCUACAACACCAAGGAAGAAUUUCAGGCAGAUUUGACCUUGGCCGCAGAAAACACGGUCAACCGUGUCAUUCGCCACAACCUAAUGAGGCAUGCACACAACCAUCAUCAGUUAGAUCAACAACCCUCGGAACAGGCUGCCGUCGACGCUGCCAUGGGAGUCGCUUCGGCGGCUGCCAAACAAGCUUCCGCGGCCAAGAUUAAGAAAACUAGUUUGACCAACAAUCAAGAACACGAUGCGGAUGAAGCCGAUCUACUCAAGAACGAUGAAACCUACGUCUACGCCGCCUUUGGAGAUUACCUAGUUGUGUGGGAUCGUCGACAAGGAACCAUCAUUGCGCAGGAGAAAAUGCCAGACCCCAAGACAGCUGACAAGAAUGCAGAGGAAGGCAUUGACGACAACAACGCAGAUCACGAUGACUGGUACUUUUUCUUCCCGGGCGGUGGAUCGUUUCUCUACAUUGAAAGUAUUCAGCUCACAGAGUCACAUGUAUUGGUGGCUGUGGGAGGAAUGGACAAUUACAAUGACUACAAUCUCGGAUACGGGGAGAAGGGAACCCAUCUGAGAGUCUACACCAAGCCCACGUCUACCAAUCCUGCGUUGACCCUUGUGGCAACCAAGGAUAUCCACGGAUACUUUUCCGAAGCUCGGUACCUCGAACAAACCAACAGUGUCCAUAUUUGCACGGGUGGCGACUUCAACACCUACAGCCUCCUGGUAGAACCCUUUGAUCUGUAUCAUUUCCAGUUCAUGAACAAGACACAGUACUACCAUGCCGCCAGUCGCAAGGCUCGCGAGGAACUCAUCCCCAAGUUUGUACAAGAGGUCUCCAACUUUUUCCUGGAAGCCAACAAUGGACAAUUCCCUCGGACCAUGAAGAUUAAUAGCUGGGCGACAACUGCUGGAGACGACCCAGCUGCAGGAGCACCCGAGGAUGUUGAUCUAUCCAUGCCUAUCGAUUAUGGCGUCAUGGACGAUGCCUACCGUGCGUUUCUGCAGGUGACAUCCAUCAAGGUGGAUGCAUUGCCAACCGCUCCUCUCACCGACACCACCACAGAUCUGCUCUCCACAUCGGCCGCCACCGUCAUUGGUCCCUCUGCCAACAGCAAACUCUACGCCACCCAAGAUUCCCUCGUUCUCAACAUUGACCAGUACCAUUGGAACAGUCCCGACGAACAAAGCACGGAAACACUUCAUCUCAUUCACAUGAAGGUGAAUGCCAACGAUGCCACGACAACCUUUUACGGAGCGGCAUCGCUACCCGGAUCGUUGCCCAACAAGUAUGCGAUCGAUAUCGAGGGCACUGACCUUCGCGUCGCCACGACACAGCAACACUGGUUCCCGCUCGAUCAAACCUGGGACGUCUGUGGCGAUAGCUGGCAGUUUGACGACCAAUGCAUGAACGAGGUCAAUUGGAACACGUGUUUCGACACGGCCCUCAACUGUCGCAAUGUUGUCAAGACGGGAUGUCCCUACACAUUUACGUGCCAAGACAGUGGCAGUGAGCCCGAAUCAUCCACCGACAACCUUGUAACCGUCUUGGAUAUCAGUCAGGAGGGAAUCAUGACGGAAAUUGGUCACGUCGAGAUUGGUGAACCACACGAAGUCAUUACCGCCGUUCACUUUGGAGAAGCCUUUAGCUACGCCAUGACUUUUGAUCAGCGCGAUCCAUUCUAUGUCUUGAACUUGCCGGCUGGACAGGCACCGACGAUUACGGGCGUAUUGAAACCCGACGAUGGCUUUUCUUCCUACUUGCAGCCUCUCAACGAUGAUGCGACCAUGUUGGUUGGUAUUGGGCAAAAUGUGACUGGAACAGGAAGGGAACAACGAUCGACUGGACUUUUGAUCACCGUCUUUGACGUUUCCGACAUGGCCGCACCUGUAGUGUUGGCCACCAAGAUGCUGGAUUCUUCCUUGGAUGGUAGUUCCUUUUCGGAUGCAGAAUUUGACAACCGAGCCGUCCAGUACAGCAACGGACGUCUUGUGAUUCCCAUGACUGUGCUGCACACAUUUGACGCGUCUGCCAUGAUGGUGGGAGACGAGGUCCCCCUCGAUGCAACGUUCCCCCCAGAGCCCACAUUUGACGAGAGCAAGAACUUUGAAGGUUUCAUUGUAUUGGACGUUGGGAAUGCAGCUACGACGGGAAUCCAGGAGAUUUUGCGCAUCAACCACGCCAGUCCAAGCGGACGCAACUGUCACUAUUGCGGUGGAUUCAACAAUCUCCGCCGCAGUUUCCUGUACGAAGAUGAUGACAUCCUCAUGACUGUUUACGACAACCUGGUCAUCAGUACCGAUAUUGGAACUGGCACACCCAAAUGGGCAUUCAAUGUGACCAUCGAAGGAGAAGACAAUAGCUGCUGCUACUAAUGAAAGGAAUCCACUCGACACUCGAAACACGAAACACGAAAAGGAAACAUCGCAAACGCUCUCAAACGAAAUGAUGUAUGUUGUUUAUUCAGUCGAAGCAAACCCGAAGGUUUGCAUCGCAGUUUUUCCCAUUCAUUCGAACUCACACACAGCAAACAACGAAGUCAGUCCAAAUGGCGCGGAUUUGUGACGCUUUCGAUACACAAUGCAUAUAACAGUACGCAAUUGAGCUUAAUUUAUAAUGGUAAUGAAGAUACUACUAACCAAUCGUGGGGCACCCGGUUAAUAAAAAGAUAGCUCUGUCAUGUUAUA